AAAGCACAACUCCUCAAAAUUCAUCAUCUCUCUGCAACUGUAAUGGCUUUCUCAAGAACAACUCUCAUCUCUUUCCUUCUAAUCUCACUCCUCUUUGCCUCCUCAAUGGCUCAGUCUCCAGCUCCUGCUCCGGCUCCGACAUCUUUGCCUCCUUCCCCUUCCAAGACUCGACCAGUGGCUGCGCCGUCUCCUUCGAAGAUUACACCGGCGGCUGCUCCUUCUCCUGUCGUCGUCACCUCACCGCCGUCCCCUCCUCCGUCGAUUUCUUCUCCGGCUCCAGCGACUUCUCCCUCGUCGAUCGACUUCCCACCGUCUCAAGCUCCUGCUUCAGCAGAGAACGCUGCCGUUUUUAACAGAUUUGCCGGUACUGGAUCUUUGGCGGUUGGGUUGUUUGCUGCCGUUUUGAUUAUGUAGAGAGAUGUGAAAUGAGUGCAGUGUGAAGUUAGGAUCUAUUUAUUUAUUUGUUUAUUUAUAUUAU